GCCUGCUUGUUGUAUAGAGGGAAUCCAACCAAUCAGAGGCAGCUGUGUCCACCGCUUCGCGUCGCGUCUCAGCAUCGAAUCUGCCUGGCAACUGCAACAAGCGACAAAGACCCAGACAAUCACCCCUCACUCCCCACCCCGGCAGCUCGAGAUCUUCUUGGUUUUGGGUUCCGGUUUACGGCCGUCUACAUUUCAGUCUUGCCCGCUUUCCGCGCCUAAUUGUUGUUUUGGCUUCGCCGACGCCUCGACUGGUGUCAACAUCGCAAAUAACAUCGGCUCAUCGCCAUGGCCUCGUCUGGCCAACCGUUCGGGUCGCGCUCCUACACUGCGGGAAAGCUUCCUGACCGAUCAAUGAAUGCGAAUGCGAUCCCUUUCAGCGCCUCAUCCUUCUCUCGUCGAGGACUGGGCGCCGCUCAGAGCGAAUUUGUCCCCGAUGCCGCGAAAACAAGUCAGCAAGCACCGCAGCAGCAAGUACAUGCGCAAUCACAUAAUCCGUCACAAGAGUCGAAUCCGUUAAGUCGGUUGACAGAAGAACAGCGCGAGGAGAUUAAUGAAGCUUUCACGCUUUUUGAUCUCGAUCGUGACCGGCAUUUAGAUUACCAUGAACUCCGUGUCGCCUUCCGCGCGCUCGGUUUUACCCUUCCGAAGCAGGAACUCAUCUCUCUCUUAACGACUUAUGGUGUUCCCCGUCCGCAGGUACAACAGCAAGCCUCGGCCCAACAGUCACAACAACAACCGAAAGCAGCACCAACCACAAACCCCCAGCACCCGUCCAACUUGCUCAUGCCGCUGUCUGCUUUCCAAGCUGUAACGGCCGUAAAGAUUCUUGAACGGGACCCUCGGGAUGAGAUUCUCCGGGCCUUCGAGCUUUUCGACGAAGGCCAGAAGGGUUAUAUCGACCUUGAGGAUCUCCGUCGUGUAGCGCGAGAACUAGGUGAGACGGGACUCGAAGAGGAGGAGCUGCGCGCCAUGAUUGAGGAGUUUGAUCUCGAGGGUGUCGGUGGUGUGACUCGGGAGGCGUUUGUGAGUAUCUGCUGGCAAUAAAUUCAUAAAUUCCAUGGUUAGGGAUGGUCUGAUUCUAUUUUACGGUCAUUAAUGGCGAAUGGCAUUCUGUGCAUUCGACGUGUUUGGAAUCGAAAGUGUUGGUUUUCUUUCUGUCGUCUGUAAUCCAAGCUUGAUUAUUUGUUCUUCCUUGGGCAUUGGUGGGCGCCGAUUGACUGGAUUUUGUUUACUUGUUAUAUAGUUUUUUGCUUUGUUUCUUGUUUGUUUCAUUGU